UGACUCAUAGGGCACAACAUAAAAUACAGUCGUCACAUCCAUACCGACUUUUUACAACUUUUGCCUAAAAACUUGGAUACAUUUAUACUGCUUUCUAAGUCCCCCUCACAAUGAAACGCGUCCAUAUAGAUAACUACGCCCCAAAGUACUACAGCGGCAAGUGGUCGUGGGAUACGGAGAAGGACUGCCUCCACUUCCAGGCUCAUAACGAUCUGGAGAAUGCCCGGGAGCGGUACAUCACCACCAACGGCUACAAGUUCCUGCGCACCAUGGACCAGGAGGAGGAGCUCAUCUUCCGGCAGGAGUACGUGCGUCAGAAGAGCAACAACAGUGAUGUCAUAGUGAUCUCAGACAUUAGGAACUUGGUGCUCUACCUGAUGCCCAAGGAGUUUCUAUCCUACAGAUUCGUGGAGUUCAUGCACGAGCAGGAGGUGCUCUACGUGAUCCACGCGUUGAUCAUAUACUUUGAGUACUAUUUGCGGUUGGUUGAGUUCGUCCUGAUUCGGCGCGAUGAACUGUCAGGGUCGCUGGGUCAAAUCCAGAGCGAGGAGACCAAUGAGGUGAAGCGAACUUUUUCCGUUUACCUAAGCCAAUAUCGUAUGCUUGUGGCCAGGAAUUACUGCCUGAUCAUCGGAGGCGAGGGCAACAUGGCCAAGUUCUAUCACAUGAAGCCCAUUUCCAACAUUUCAGCCACGAUCCACGACAAGUACUUCCACGAACAGUUCUUGGCCGUGGCCAUCCAAAUGGUCUGGAUCUGCAUGCAUCGUAGGGCUUAUUAUAUCAUUGAAAUGGAGAUGAAUCGCCUUUUCCGAUCGGAGUACUUCGUUUCGGCACGUCCUGAGUACCUUACAUUCACGGAGGCGGAAAAAAGUCUUCUUUACGGGAGAAACAAGAAGAACACGAAUUAUAGAAUUCAGGAAUCUCCACUGAUCCAGGAGCUGAAACUGGUGCCGAAGGAGGAUCUGCCCAUCCUGUGGAUAGGAGAGCGCAAGUACAGGGGCUCCGAUCUGCGCAUCGCCACCAUGGAACUGGAGUACAUUACUCCGGGAUCACAGCUCUGCCUGGUUGAUAUAUCCCAUGGUAUUCUAGGACAUCCGAAGGAGCUCUACAACACUCUGCUGACCCUCGACUGGUCGGCUGUUCGUUUCUGGAAUUUUUCGGAGAAGUACGAUCCAUACCACAUCAUCAGGCGACCUCACCUGGAUAUCCCCAAGAUCGGCGAGCUUGAGAUGCGGAAGAUGAGCGAGACCUAUGAGUCCUUCUACAGGCUCAGUGGAUUUUUUGAACCACACACCCACCAAGAAAUCUGCAAGUGGGUCAAACGAGAAAAAAAUAUUAAGUUCUAUCGGUCUGGGGGUCUGCUCACGAAUGUAGUUUCGCGCUGUGAAAAGGAACUGGCGAGCACCUCUUCGGGACCAAGGGUCGACCUGAUCAUCGCCAAUUACUUUAAGAUGAUGUCCAAGAUACGCAAGGAUGAUAAAGAUAAGGAGGAUAGCUUGGUGCCACAAAGUGUCGUAUCGCGCUUUAGCUUGCGUAAGUCGCAUAGGAAAAAUUCAUAAGGUUGAAGGUAAUGCAUUCCCUACUUAAGCUUAGUUAAAUAUUUUAUUAUAUUUUAUAAAAAACUAAAAUGUUUUUCCAAAUCCCAAAAAUAUGUAGCAAUAUGGUUCAAAUUUAAGUUUCCUUACGUGUGUAUAUUAUUGAACAAAUCAUGCAAAAUGUUCUGCAAAAACCUUGAAAUAAUAAAAAAAAAUGAAUGUAUCUUAAA